AUGGAAAAGUACAAUAAGUUGGUGAAUGAAAUCACCAAUUUUACCCAACAACCAGGAAAGACUUUAUGUGCAGCCUGGACUCGAUACCAGGAGUUGAUCAGAAAGUGUCCACAAUAUGACUUGCCAGAUACAAAGAAGGUCAGAGUCUUCUAUAAUGGGAUGACACCAGAAUGCAGAAUGAUUGUCAAUGGUGCAGCUGGUGGCACCAUAGGAAAGAAGACAGCAGAUGAGACCUUAGAGCUGCUGGAUUUAAUGGCAAGGAAUGAGAAUGCGUCUAUGGCAGCAGCAUUCCCAUCUGUUCAGCCCAAGAAAGGAAUUUUACAAUUGGGGAAUAAUGAUGCAUCACUGGCUGAGCAAAAAAGUGAUUUCACAGCAAUUGGCCAGUUUGAAUGCCAAGCUGGACAAGAUGCAGCUCUCAACAUCCAAGCUGAACCAUUCCAGGUCAAUGGAAUUUGGUAUGAUCCAAGGCCUCCACAGAAUAUUCAAGGUUACCAAAGGAAUCAGAAUGGCGGCCAAGGAAAUAACUUUCAAAGGAAGAAUCAAGGGAGCGGCUUGGAUUAUAAAUCCAACAACUAUCUGCAACCUCCUCCUCUGCCACAAAAAGAGCCAUCUGAAUUGGAGAAAGCGAUGAUACAACUUUCCAAAACCACUAAUGAUAACAUAAAUGAGACAAGAGCCUACCACAAGAACCAAGACGCUUCAAUCAGAAACUUGGAAACUCAAAUUGGCCAACUUUCAAGACAACUAGCUGAGAGGAGUCAAGAAAAGAGCGAUGCAGUAUCAAAGGAGCAAUGCAAUGUCAUCACUACAAGGAAUGAGGAGCUAGAAAAAGAGAAAGUUGAAGUUUCUACAAGAAAGGAUGAACAAGCUCAAAAGGAUGAAGAAGAAAUUAAUAUUCCUUUUGCAGACACUCUGGAGCAAAUGCCCUCAUAUGCCAAAUUCUUGAAGGAAACACUAUCUAAGAAGAGGAAGCUCACAGAGGAUGAACCUGUCACAUUAACAGAGGAGUGCAGUGUAAUCCUACAGAAAAACAUGCCUCCAAAGUUGAAGGAUCCAGGAAGCUUCAGUAUUCCAUGCAUCAUUGGCAAGACAACUAUAGAGAGAGUCUUAUGUGAUCUUGGUGCCAGCGUUAAUGGUGAGUUGAUAAUGCGCGUGGAUGGAGAGCAAGCAAUAUUCAAAGUACUUAUAAAUGAAGCUCCUCCAUUGCCUGCUCCUCAACCUAAGAAUCAAGUCAAUUACAUUGUGGAGAAAAAGGUUGAGGAAAGGAAUAAGAAGGAAAUUCAUCAGUGGCAUGAAGGAAGCAAGCCAAAUGUUAAGAUGGAAAAGCCCAAGGGUAAGGAAAAGCAUGUGAGGACUAAGUUUAAAGUUUCUGAGAAACCUCAUCCUUAUCCACAUGCAUAUGAGUAUAACCAUGGCGGGACACAAAUUCUGAGCAAGGGUAUAGUGUCAUCACUGAGCCCGAGUUACCAGCCACCAUGA